CAAUUUUUUUAAAACUGGUUUCUUUGUACUUUUUCUGAAAUUCUGAGUAAACAAGUUGUUUACCCAAGAGUUUAACAUUGAGAACAUUUGACAGUGGAAGGACUUUCUUUCAUAUAGCAGUUUUAAAGUCAAAAUGCAUCCUUGACACUGUUCAGUACUUAACCCUUUAUUUUUAACUUUGAAAACGUACCUAGCAAAAAUUUAAUUAAAUUUCAUGGGUGUUAAGGUUUUUUAAAUUACCAGUAGAAAUUUUGUUGAAAAAAGUCCCUCUGUUAGAAUUUAGGUAAUGUGGUGUUAGUCAUCCUGUUUCAGUGCAUACAUUUCCUGUGUAUCAGGAUGCAACACAGAUGCAAAACAUUGAUGCAAUGCAUCAUGAAAAGCUAGUUUGUAUUUAAUGAGAGAAAUGGCUUUACACUGUACCUUUUGAUAUUUUUUUUGGAGAAGUUACUACAUUUGGAUCUAUUCUGAAGCUUGUUGGUUUUUUAAAUAAAAUGUUACAGGUUUCACAUUUUGUGCCUGCUUAUAAACCUUUGGCCAGUACAUUGAUAAAUUAUGCAGAUUUCAAACGUCACACAAGGGAGAAUUCAGUUCUUGUUAACUGUAGCUCUUAACCUUCUGUAUGUUCCUUGAAACAUUUUAACAUAAAGAAAUCUGCACUCUUGAGUCAGCCUACAUCCUGAGAUGUGACCAGCACUUCCUGCUGCUGUAUUGUGUGAACUAUGAAUUUCAUUUGAUGAAUACAUUAAUUAAAACUGACGUUUUUGAGCCUUCUCUUAGCAAGUACCAUCUAACUGAAAAGUGAUGUAGUCUGUGAUACGCUGCCAGCUGAAGAUUUAUCUGCACAUAAACCACUUUUCAUGUUGCUUUAGUAUGGUUCAUUAAUCAGAAGAUAAACUUUAAUCUAAACCAGCAGUACAGGAUCAGUGUGUUUGUCCCAGACAGAUUCCCCUUCAGUCUCAAAUGAGGUCACUUUUCAGUGAGAUGCCAGCAGGCGAUUUGAUUUGCCAUAAAACUGCCACUUUUAAUUCCUGCUGUAGACAAACUAUAGCCUUUAGAUAUGGUUGACAAAAUUUCAACUGUGGCGAGUACCUGGCCAGGCCCCUGGAUUAUCUUAAAUUCCCUGCUUUUCCAUUACCAGCUAAAACCUGAAUGAUGAGCUUGUUCAGAUAUUAUCCGACGAGACAUGGGCACUGGUUUUUACUGCAAAAUAGCAUAUCUGUCCUUCCUGAAAGAUCAAGGUGAGCUUUUGUGCAGCAUUUCAAAUUACAGGGCCAGAGUGAGUCUUUUAUUUUUGACUGGUGGCUGGGGUAGACCUUAAUGUUUGAAAGGGUUGCCCUUAUCCCUAGUUCACAAAGCAACACACCUAAUUCACAUUCAGAAUUCCCAUCAAUAAGAAGCAAUCUGGGAGGAUGUAUUGACACUGCUUAAGUAACCUAAUCCAAUACUUUUGUCUCACCUGAACUGCCCCCCCAAUAUAUUUUUAUAGCUUGUGGACCAGAUAUCAUUAGUGAUCAGUGGAAGAAGUUACUUGCAGAUCCUAUAGGUGCUAAACAAGUAUGUGUUGAAACUUAUCCUCCUUUAAAAAAAAAAAAAAAAAGUUAGAAUGACAGUGACCACUGGAUUUAAACAGUGAUAGAGCAAAGGUUUAGGAUCUGGAUCAAACUAAACUAACAUCUGUUGCUUUUCCAUAUCAAAAACUGGCCAGAAAUCUUUGCUUGUGAAUAAAGGGAUAUGUAAUCACUUCUCCACUAGAGUUGCAUUAAAUCUGCAAUUCCAAAAAUAACUGCAGCCAUAUAAGGAUAGUAAGUUUUGUAGUGUUUGGGAGUUCGUGUGCCAAAGGCAAAAGAAUCUUGUAGCGAAGAUUCUGAGCUGUGGCCUCAGAGAGCAGCCUACUGCAAAACCCACCAUCUCUCGUGUAGCAUGUUCAUAUCUACUAAGUGUGGAAGCCCUGCAGGUGAAUACUGGCAUUAAAAACAGUAGGACACGGCCUCCGCUAUUGUAAACCAGCAGAGCUCUGCUGAGUCCAGUGGAGCUGUACCUAUUUAUACUUGUUGAAAAUCUAGCCCAUGACUCAAAUACUUUCUGGGGCCUAAAUCUAUAUAAAACCUCAUUGUUAAAUCAAAUUAAUGUACAUUACAGCUGCAACUCUACUUCUCUGGCACCCUCAUGAAGAGGCUUUCUAUAUUGAACAACCCUUUCCAUUGCUGUAGGUAAUCCCCUCUCCAAAGGGCGGUAGCUAGGUUGCUGGAGUAAUUCGCAUAUCUCAGCAGUGUAGCUAGGUUAAUCUGAAUGUGAAGUGUAGACCAGCCCUGAAUCGAAGUGGGUGAGUAUGUCUGGGAGUUUUUAUGAUGAGAGAACUGCACUGACAGCACCACUCCUGGAUUAGGGCAUAAGCACUAUAGAUUUUGUGUCUAGGACCCCACCAUGGGGGGGCGGGCAGGAGUGCAUGUUAACACCUCAGUUUCUGUUUAAAAGAAAAGAUUUAAACUUACCUAAUUUGGUUACCCUUGCUUAUCUGUACUGGGUGCAGCCAGCCUGUCCUAAGAGGCUAUUUCACCCCUCUCACAAUUCUUAUGUGUUUCAUUGAAUGGUUAACUGCAGGGCCUAUUUCCUUAGGGCCCUCUGCAGCAGCAGGCUCAUGGAGGCCUCUAACCUUGAGGAGACAGAAGAGUGCAGUGGACUAGGCCUGCUCAGGCAGUUGCAUCCUGGCUGUUAGUCCCCCCAGGUUCCAUUCUGAGGGGGAGGGGGCAGGCAGAGGUUCCCUGGGGCCGGAUAGCAAGUGUAAAAGAGCAGGACCUGGGUGGGAGGUAAUAGGUGCCUAUAUAAGAAAAAGCCCCUCAACUGGGGACUGUCCCUAUAAAAUUGGCACAUCUGGUCCCCCUACGUGGGGCUCCCCCUGUUUCUCAGGGAGGAGGAAGGUGGGGCUCCUGUCACUCGCUGAGGGGGUGGGGAGGGGAAUGGGAUCAGAGCCCUAGGAACCUGCUAUCCUGCAGUGCCUAGAGAGCAGAGGCUUGCUGCUUCUCCAGCCGCGCAUGCCCGCUUCAUGCUGUCAGUCCCUGUGCAGUGGUCGCCACCCUCGCCCUCCGAGCAUGCGCUCUCGUUGCCCCUUCCCCGGGCUCCGCGCCUGCGCACUGCGCAGAGGAGCCGGAGCUCUGUGGCUGUGGCGGCGGCAGGGGGGGAAAUGGCGGCCGUGGUGCUGGUGUCCGUGGAGAGCGGCUCGGGGAUGAUGCCGGCCGGGAGCCCGGCUGCGUGCGGGCCUCCCGCGGGUCCCUGUGGGCCGGGCUCGUGGAGCCGUUCCCUGGACCGGGCCCUGGAGGAGGCGGCGGUGAGCGGGUCCCUGAGCCUGAGCGGCAGGAAGCUGCGGGACUAUCCGCGGGGCAGCGCCGCCAACCACGACCUGAGCGACACCACGCAGGCCGAUUUGUCACGGAACAGACUCUCGGAACUUCCUGCAGAAGCUUGUCACUUUGUUUCCCUUGAGAGCCUUAACUUGUACCAGAACUGCAUUCGUUACAUCCCAGAGGCCAUCCUGAACCUACAGUCUUUAACGUUUCUAAAUAUCAGUCGAAACCAGCUUUCAACAUUGCCAGUACACAUGUGUAGUCUACCGUUGAAAGUUUUGAUAGCAAGUAAUAAUAAGUUGAUCUCACUACCUGAAGAAAUUGGACAGCUCAGGCACCUGACAGAGCUUGAUGUGAGUUGUAAUGAAAUACAGACAAUACCUCCACAGAUUGGCAGUCUGGAGUCUUUGCGUGACCUGAACAUCAGGAGAAAUCAUUUGGUGCAUUUACCUGAAGAGCUUGCAGAAUUGCCUUUGAUUCGAUUAGAUUUUUCCUGCAAUAAAAUCACAACAAUUCCUGUUUGUUAUCGGAACCUCAGGCAUCUUCAGACAAUCACACUAGAUAACAACCCUCUACAGUCACCCCCUGCACAGAUAUGCAUAAAAGGAAAAAUCCACAUAUUUAAAUACCUGAACAUAGAAGCAUGCAAGAUAGCUCCAGACUUGCCUGAUUAUGAUAGGAGGCCCAUGGGAUUUGGCUCUUGCCAUGAGGAACUGUACUCCAGUCGUCCCUAUGGAGCACUAGAUUCUGGUUUCAAUAGUGUGGACAGCGGAGACAAAAGAUGGUCUGGGAAUGAACCUACAGAUGAGUUCUCAGACCUCCCUCUGCGAGUGGCAGAGAUCACUAAAGAGCAGAGACUGCGGAGAGAGAGAGAGUACCAGGAGAACCGAGGGAGCACGGUUAUAACUAAUGGUGGAGUGGAACAUGAUCUGGAUCAGAUUGACUAUAUUGAUAGCUGUGCCGCUGAAGAGGAAGAGGAAGAGGUGAGGCAACCCAAGUGCAUGGAGUCAGAGAGCCUCAGCUCACAAUUCAUGGCAUAUAUUGAACACCGGCGAAUCUCUCAUGAGGGCUCACCAGUAAAGCCAGUGCCCAUCAGAGAUUUUCAGAGAACAGAAGACACAAGACGAUACUUGAAUCAAACUAGGGAUACUGAUGAAUUACGAAGACCAGAAACACUAAGCUUGAUGCAGGACAGAGAGCGACACCAAGGACAAAGGAGUUACGUAGACAAGGCAGAGAGAGCCCCAGCUGAUUCAUCUUACCUUCUAUCUCUGUCCAACAACCACAGUCAGGUCUCUCAUACAGACAUUGAACUUCACCAAAGGCGAGGGCACGUAGUGGAGCACACGCGGAGAGAGGCCCAGCUCGCAGCACUGCAGUAUGAGGAGGACAGGAUGAGAACAAAACAGAUCCAGAGGGAAGCUGUGCUUGACUUUGUCAAACAAAAGGCAUCCCAGAGUCCUCAGAAACAAAGUCCUCUGGAUAGUGAGUGUCCUUUUCCAUCCAGAAGGUCUCAGCACACUGAUGAUAGUGCCUUGUUAGUGAAUGGCUUUGAGCCUCUCUUUGUGUUUGAGAUAGACAGUAACACCAAUACCAUUAAAAGAAGGCCGGGGACUCUCAAACAGAGUGAUGAGAGAUCUACUAUAUCAGCAGCUUCACCUACUACCCAAACAGUCCACCUUUCCUCUCUGUAUCCUGGCCCUGCUGCUCCUCCUUCCUAUAGAAACCCUUCCCAGCGACCUGAGAGUUUCCUUUUCCGAGCAGCUGUAAGGGAUGAAAUGAACAAAGCUGUUGCUUCAUCUCCCUCUUCUGCCUCAUCUCCUCCUAAUGAUUCUACAGACUCCAGAGCAAGGCAGAACUCCAGGCAACGUGAGGAAGAGUUGGAGCUAAUAGAGCAACUGCGGAAGAAUAUUGAGUCACGGUUAAAAGUGCCUUUGCCUAGUGAUCUUGGAGCAGCUCUUACUGACGGAGUUGUUCUCUGCCACUUAGCCAAUCAUGUGCGGCCUCGAUCUGUUCCCAGCAUCCAUGUCCCCUCGCCUGCUGUACCUAAGCUAACAAUGGCAAAAUGCAGACGAAAUGUGGAGAAUUUCCUGGAAGCUUGCAGAAAGAUUGGUGUGCCUCAGGAGCGAUUAUGUUUGCCUCUGCAUAUUUUAGAAGAGAAAGGUUUGACACAGGUAGCAGUGACAGUCCACGCACUUCUGGAGCUUGCACCCCCAAAGCAGCAGCAUCACCACCUGUCUGCUGCGUAGAGAUCUCCAAGACCUUUUGGUUUCCCUUGGCUAAGCAGAAGAACAUGAAGACUUUACUGCUGGUGCAGUGUAUCCAAACACACAGAGCUCUGUUCUCAGAAGGAAAUUAGCUUCUGUGAUUCCUGACAGGAAUGUUUUGCUUCAUUUCUCCACUUUUUUGGAGAUCACACCAGUUUCCAUUUAAUUUUUUACCAAUAUUUUUUCCCCUUUAUAAAGUGAGGUUUUCCCUUGGGGAAAAUUCCUUUGUCUGGUUGUUUAGAAGCAUCUGUUAAAACUGACUAUGUAGAUUUAGGGGAUUUAUAUAUACAGUUUGAAAAACUGUAAGAUUCCUACUAGGAUGUAGUUCCAAAGGGGAUGCUUCCAUUGAACACAGUGAUGGAGACUGCUUGUCCUCCCCAUGAGUCCCGGAGAGUUUUCCCUGCUUCUAAGAAACGCCAGCUCUUUCCAGUGCAUAUAAACAUCACAGGUUAAGACUGUGUUUUGAAGCUGAUGAGUCUCAGUUUUUCAAAGCAAGACUGAAAGUGAUGCUUUAAUCUGUGUUGGCAUGUCCUCAAUAUUCAAAAAAUAUAGAUAGCGCUGGUUUUUUCCAGGGAAAACAUACUGCUUGUUACUCCUAUAAGUAACACACAUUUCAGUGAAAGAUACUAAACCAUAACUGUUCAAAUAGUUUUAUUAAACAAAUCAAAGUAUUUGCUGGCUUUAAGCUUUAAGUUGGUUAUAAAUCUCUCCUUGUAUUGGAAUCUUCCCCACUUCAGUGGGAAACAUCUUACCACCUUUCAUGCCUUCUCCUACCCAUCAUGGGGACUCGGUUACUAAAUGGUAAUGUUAAAUUGGUCUAUGGCUUGUAUCUGCUGCAAAUAAUGACUGAAGAUUUUCCUAUGGAGAAUCAUGUACCUAUUUUCAUUCCAGUGCAGAUAAUCAUAAGCUAUCAAACCAUCCAUUAGAGAUUUGUUAUCCAAUUCUGUUUUCAAUUGAAAACACACAACCACCCCCUUACACCAAUGAAGACCCCAAUUAUGUAGGAACAAAUUAUUAUAGGAAAGAAUGAGAUUAUUGAAUUCCUGGAGUGGUUCUGUGUGUUGGCAUAACGCUCAGCUUUCAAAGUGCCAGUCUUUUGCAAAAGGAAAUUUCUGAGUGGGCUUGACAGAAUGUGUUGUUAAAGCAUGUUUUCUUGUAGUUCAUACAGUGCUGUAAACUGCCUUUACUCCCCUCCGCCUAUCUCGUUUUCCCCAAAAAGUGGAAAUUCAAAAUAUGUGAACAGGAAACUGAAAAUAAGGUAAGAUGUUACUUUAAAGGUGACUGGCAAAGUCCAGACUCCUUGCUGCCUUGGCCCCCUGACUAGGCUGCCAUCCAGCUCUGCAGUAACUUUGUUUUUUGAUAUAGCAACAUUUUAAAAAUCCUGUUCUCCCACAGUGAAAUCCUCUUGCUAUUCCCUGGGGUAUCCCAGAAGACACCUCUGCCAUUAUCAUGGGUUGCACAGGGUGUGAAUGAGACUUCUAGUCUUUGUGGUGUUCCAUUCUGGGGUAUUGUUAGUGAACCAGAAAUACCAAGAGGGGAUGAAGUGAGCAGAAGGGAGGGAAAAAAGGUUAGUUAAAAGUUUUCUUUGCUGUAACAAGCCUGGUCAUGGGAACAUUUGAGCACAGAAGUCUGGGCUUAGCUGAAUUUUCCCUUUAGAUUUGUCAUUCCAUUCUCACCCUGAUUUGUUUGCAUAAUAAUUAUUUCAUGGUAGCUUGUGGUAAAUGUUGUCUCAAUGAUUUCGCAUGAGGACAUAUUUUGCUUCAUAUUGGUGUUGACACCACUUAUCACACCAUAAGUCUAGAAAAACACUUGAAGGAUAUUUAAAACUAGAGUCGCACAGUUGAUAAGAGAAAAUAUUUUCAUAAUGUGUAAGUGGCUGCCUUGGUUUCGGGAAGAUCGGAGUGUGCCGGUAAUGUGCAUCAUAAAAAGGAAGAGGACAGCUCGGUGCAGGUACACCUUCCCCCAGCAAACGGUGCAGGCUGUGUGCACAGCACCUUGUUCCAAGUGAAGGCUUCCAAAGGACAGAGCUGGUCCUUCAAGCAUUCUGUUUUUUCCUUCUUCUGCAAAAAGCACAGGUCACUUGCGGGUUUAAAGAAGUGUAAAUGGUGGAUUCUCUGCAACUUGAAGACUUUAAAGCAUGAUUUGAGGACUUCAGUAACUCAGCCAGAGGUUAAGGGUCUAUUACAGGAGUGGGUGGGUGAGAUUCUGUGGCCUGCGACAUGCAGGAGGUCAGCUAGAUGAUCAUGAUGGUCCUUUCUGGCUUUAAAGUCUAUGUGGCAGUGAAAGGAGAAUUUUUUUUACUGCAGUCUCUGCCAUUUGUUGAAAGGGGGAUGGCAUCUCACUGCUGACACUAUAGACUAGUGGUGCCCAAACUUUUUCAUGACCUCCCCUGUCCCCAUCCCCUGAAGCAGUGGUGCCAGUUCAGAUAUUUCUUGGGAGCAGGGCAGAUUUUUUUCAACCCUGUGCUGCCCGGUCCCACAGCCAGCCCUACUCUCCCAUCACCCACUCUUGAGGGUACCUGGGAGGGGAUUGUCAUUGCAAUGUGGAGCAGGCAGAGCACAUGGACUGGGCACUCCACCCCAUCAGUGGUGGCCGCACAGGCUCCUCAUCCCUCUCCAGUGGUGCAGCUCCCUGCCAGGCUGGGGGGCUCAUUUCAGCACCACCAGCCCUUGGAUUCUUCUGCCAGCAGCCAAGACUAGUCUCUCUGAAGCCAGCUCCGUGCACCCCAGGAUGGGACCAUCAGCAGCUUCUCUGCUUCCCCUCCCUGCUGGCUCGCGUCUUCCAGCAACACCAAGUGGAGAUGCCAGGGGUUCUUGCUGGAGGGCCCAGCAGGCAGAGCGGGACGGGGUGCCGCACAUGUCCCGUCCAGAGCCCCCGCCUCCCUCACGCUGCUCCUUACCCCUCCUCCCUGAUGGCUCAAAAUCUUCCAACCCUCUGCGGUUGUGACGCCCCGUUUGGAAAAUUCUGAUAUAGACAAUUCUGCCAUAGACCAUAUAUGCUUCCUUAUGGGUUAUCUACAGAUCAUUGUUAAGGGGAGUAACAAAUGAAUCUGAAUUCUCAGUACUAGAUACUUUGCAUUCUGUGUACCUGGGUAUUAGGUUUUGUUUAAUAGAUCAAGAGGAGGAUGCAAUAUUUAGAUGUAUCCACCGUAAGAAAUCUGUUAAACUUAAUGUGGAAUUGAGAGUCUGUUUUUUGCUCGAGCCCAGCUUCCAGACGUACAGAAACUGACCGUAACAGCAUUCAUGUUGGUAGAAAUUGGACAUUUCAUAAAUGUUAAUUUUUGGAAAACUAACUAUUUGGAGGUUGAACCUGACUUUCAGUGAAUAGCUACUUCUCAGUGUGUCUUGUAAAAUCAGCCACAAAUAUGUGCAACCGAAUUUUACAUCAGCAACUAUACUUGUAUGCCUGGUCAGAUGUAUGCUCCUAUUUCCUUUACAGUUCUAAACAAACAUUUCACUCGAGCAAGAACACAUUUGUGUGGCCUAUUAGUUUGACUCUUUAAUUUUCUGUUUUCGUGCUGGCAAACACUAAAUGUUGACCAGACAUCAAGGAUGAAAAUCCAAAUCUGAAAUUUCAAGAUACGGUUUAUUUGGGAUGUAUUAUACCAAAAAACACUUCCAUUUUCUGUUGUAAUUAAAUGGGUUGGGAUUUUUUGGUACACCUCUACCCCGUUAUAACACCACCCGAUAUAACACAAAUUGGGAUAUAACACAGUAAAGCAGUGCUCUGGGGGGGCGGGGCUGCGCUUCGGCGGAUCAAAUCAAGUUCGAUAUAAUGCGGUUUCUCCUGUAACACGAUAAGAUGUUUUGGCUCCCGAGGACAGCGUUAUAUCGAGGUAGAGGUGUAUAUUUAUGUGCAAUUUUUGUUAUAUCCAGUGAAAAAAUAUUUUAAAGAAAACGUAUUUGAUUUCAUUUUGUGUGCUAAAUCAAGAAUCAAUUGUGGCCUUGCCCUUUUGGGGAGUUUGUGUUGGGGAAGAAUCCAUUUCAGAGUGUAGCGCUUGCUAGUAGGUUUAUGUUAACUCCACUGUGCUAUGACCCUACACAAACCUUGCUAAGCACUGAAGAACGCUGAGGAUCAAGAAUGUUAUGAAAUAGACGUUGAAGUGGCACUGGCACUUAAUGGUCCUUGAUGGUGUUGAAAUGGUCUGGUCAGGAAAUAGGGGAUUUUGAUUUCUCCUCCUUGGGAGCUAGCGACAAGAGAAACUUGUUCGGAAAGCCCCUUCCUGGCUGGGUUAUUAAAUUCUCGACAGCGUUUUACAGCACUGAGAAUGCUUCUGUUGCUCUUAGCAGUGACGUGAUAACUGGUGAUUUUUAAUCCUUUUAUGACGUUAAAUGGUUCUUUGACAUUUUGGUUUUAGAAGCAGAGGAAUUCUAAGGUGGAUUUAAACCUAUAAAAAAAACUUUUGUAUAGAUACUGUGUUUUACAAACAAUCUAAUUUUGUUUCUGAAAACCUUGUAAACGUGUAAUUAAUAGAGUAAAGGAUUUUUAAAGCUCUGCCUAUACUUAUAUGUCUGUAAAUACAUUCCAUAAUUUCUAAGACUGUUAAGUAAUAAUAUGCCAGAAUAUUGUGUAUGUUAUUUUAAAUUGCCUGUUUGCUGCUAGUUGUGUGAACUUCUAGCACACUGAUAAUAUAAAACCAAAUACCUGGGUAAUUUGAAAUAAAGUUUUAAAACCUA